UUUGGGGCUCCCACCCACAGACUUGACAAGUAAUAUGUCCGUGAGCGUGGGUCUUCCGUCUCCGGCGACUGAACAUCACCCGGAGAUGGACAGAGAAGAAGCUUCAGACGAGUCUUCGACUUCGUCUUCAAAUCAGCUAGAGAGUUGGACAGAAGAACAGGAUCAGCUGAAGAAGAAACUGAUCACGCACGAUGACUUCCCCUGGAAGCUACCUUCAUCAACGGCACUCCCUCAGGGACCGGCGGAGACCCUUAAGUACGUUGGAGGUGUGGACAUAAGCUUCUCCAAAGACGAUUCCUCCGUGGCGUGCGCUUGUCUCGUCGUUCUCGAGAUACCUUCUCUCCGUGUGGUUCACAAUGAUCUCUCUCUCCUCCGCCUCAAUGUUCCUUACGUUCCUGGGUUUCUCGCCUUUCGUGAGGCUCCGGUUCUGUUGAAGAUUCUUGAGAAGAUGAGGGAUGAUCAGCAUCCUUUCUUUCCUCAGGUACUGAUGGUGGAUGGGAAUGGGAUACUUCAUCCACGAGGAUUUGGCUUGGCGUGUCAUUUAGGUGUUCUUGCUCACAUUCCUACCAUUGGGGUCGGAAAAAACCUGCAUCAUGUGGAUGGUCUGGAUCAUUCUGAGGUUAGACGGUUGUUUCAGCUCAAAGAAAAUGAGGAUGAGCGGGUUUUCAAGUUGGUAGGGUACUCUGGUUUUACGUGGGGAGUAGGAUUUAGGCCAACUCUGAGUUCUCUGAAGCCCAUAUACGUUUCAGUUGGCCAUCGCAUAUCACUUGACUCUGCGGUUGAGGCUGUCAAGAUGACCUGCAAGUACCGCGUGCCUGAACCUAUUAGACAGGCAGAUAUAAGAUCAAGAGCAUAUCUUCAAAAGCACCAACUUCGUCUCUUAAAAGAUUUGGGACCACUCGGAAUGGCAGACUGAACAUUAGUCAUUAAAACAACCAAAGAAGGCUGUGAACACCUUUCCACAUUAAAGAUCAUUCUGCAAUGUCUUUACAGAGAAGCUCCACACAAGUUUUUCCUUUAUUUAUCUCACUGACUCUAACUAAGAUUGUUUCGAAGAAAUGAGUCUUGUUGUAACAUGUUUGUAUCCAGUUCGUUGUAUGUAUUUUGCUUUAAGCUAUGUAAUAAUUCCCAUAUAGCUAUGUCACAUUUACUUAAAAUUUGAAUAUGAGAAUUAUGUUUUUUUUAA